CUCUUGCUGGUUGCUGCCCAAUUCCAAGAUGGCAACGAGCAGCGGCAACAGCGCGGCCGGGAUUAAACCCAACAGUGCCGGGGCCAAGCAGCCCGGUCCCGCCGCGGAACAGGUGGUGGCGGGGUUUCAGCGGAUGCGGCAGGAACAGCGCAGCCUGGCUUCCAAGGCGGCCGAGCUGGAGAUGGAAAUCAACGAGCACAGCUUGGUAAUAGAGACGCUGAGGGACGUGGACCCCUCGCGGAAGUGCUUCCGGAUGGUCGGUGGGGUUUUAGUUCAACGGACGGUGAAGGAGGUGCUUCCAGCACUGGAGAGCAACAAAGAGCAGAUUUCCAGGAUCGUGGAGACGAUAAGCACUCAGAUGCAGACUAAAGGACGAGAGCUCAACGAAUACAGAGAGCGCUACAACAUCCGAUUGGUCGGGGAAGAGGAGGGGGCGGGGAAAGCAGCCUCAGGCAACCGGGACUCUGAGGGAGGAGGGGCCAAGGGUGGGGCCGGAGUCCUUGUCUCCUAGGAGGAAGGGCUAAUGGAAUCUUAAUGCCACAGAAAGGAUGGAGAAGAGUUUUGAGACAUCAUUAAUGUAUUUGUGUUUUUUUUUUGUUUUUUGUUGUCACUGAAUAAAAAAAUAACUUAAA